UCCACCCACAGCGUAAUUCUCCCAUGAUUCUUUGCAAAUAAUAACUAGCCGUCAGCCGAGACUUUCCGAUCGGCUGGUUGUCGGCUGUCGUAGUACAUAGUUCGCGGUGAGGAAAAGACUUGCGGCGGCGCCUGAGCUUGUGCACUGGUUACUCCAUUAAUCUUAUGAUCUUUUACGUCUGACGACCUGACCCAUCGGCUCGAAUUUUGAUUUCACAGUCAUGUCAACCACUGGACCCACACACAAACACCGUUACAAAAAUGUAGGAUUAGAUUCACAAGAAUUGCGAAGACGGAGAGAAGAGGAGGGAGUUCAAUUAAGAAAACAGCAACGUGAGCAGCAAUUUUCAAAACGCCGCAAUGUUCCGAACAUUGUCGGAGAUGAGGAUAAUGUUACAUCAUCUACGGAUGACUAUUCACUUCCCACAGCACAAUCGCAGUCUCCUGGCAUUAUCACGUCCGAAAUGGUGGAUGCAUUGUAUAGUCCAAAUAUACAAGAUCAGUUGGCAGCAACGCAGAAAUUUAGAAAGUUAUUAUCAAGAGAGCCAAAUCCCCCUAUAGAUGAAGUCAUACAAACGGGUAUUGUACCCCAGUUUGUUGAAUUUCUUAAAAAUAAUACGAACUGUACUUUGCAGUUUGAAGCCGCUUGGGCUCUGACAAAUAUAGCAAGUGGAACAUCUCAGCAAACGCGUAUUGUCAUAGAUGCAGGAGCUGUCCCCACUUUUAUAUCUUUACUUAGUUCUGAAUAUGAAGAUGUGCAGGAGCAAGCUGUCUGGGCAUUGGGCAAUAUUGCAGGAGAUAGUCCUGAAUGCAGAGAUCAUGUUUUAGCCAACGGUAUUCUCACUCCACUUCUACAAUUAUUAUCAAAGGCUACAAGACUUUCUAUGAUCCGUAAUGCGGUAUGGGCAUUGUCAAAUCUUUGUCGAGGAAAAAAUCCGGCACCAGCUUUCGCGAAGGUCGCUCCGUGUCUGCCGGUGCUAGCCCAUCUUCUUAAUCAUACCGAUUACGAUGUGCUUGCUGAUGCUUGUUGGGCGCUUUCAUAUCUGAGCGACGGUCCAAAUGAUAAGAUACAAGCUGUUAUUGAUGCUGGUGUCUGUAGACGUCUUGUAGAACUUCUUAUGCAUGAGCAAAAUAAUGUAGUAAGCGCAGCUCUUCGUGCUGUAGGAAAUAUAGUGACCGGUGAUGAUGUGCAAACUCAAGUUGUAUUGAAUUGCUCAGCAUUACCAUGUCUUUUACAUCUUUUAAGCUCGCCACGAGAUAGCGUUCGUAAAGAAGCCUGUUGGACAGUAUCUAACAUCACCGCUGGCAACCCACAGCAAAUACAAGCGGUGAUUGAUGCCAACAUAUUCCCCGUUUUAAUCGAGAUUUUGGGUAAAGCUGAAUUCAAAACACGCAAAGAAGCAGCAUGGGCAAUUACAAACGCAACUAGCGGCGGAACACCCGACCAAAUACGUUAUCUCGCGAUGCAAGGAUGUAUUCCUCCGUUAUGUGACUUACUCACGGUCAUGGAUACGAAGAUCGUUCAAGUCGCUCUAAAUGGUUUAGAAAAUAUUUUACGUCUCGGAGAACAAGACGCACCAAUGCACAAUAGUCUUAAUCCUUAUGCUGUUCUUAUCGAACAAUGUUAUGGCCUAGAUAAAAUAGAGUUUUUGCAAUCUCAUCAAAACAUGGAUAUCUAUCAGAAGGCCUUCGACAUUAUCGAACGAUUCUUUGGAUCUGAGGAAGAAGAUACCAGACUCGUACCCUCAAUCGAUUCGCAAGGGCAGGAAUAUCAAUUUACCCCGUCAGAUUCUUCCCAGCUACCAGUACAAGGCUUUGAAUUUUAAUCAACUGUCUUUACGACACUUCUCCGCAUACAACUUGUUUCGUUAAAUGUUAACGAUUUGUUUUACAAGGGAUUCCAGUAUCCCUAAAAAAAAAAUUUAUAUCGACACGAAAUAUGGUUUCACAUAUUUGCCCGUACGACUUGAGUCUUUAUGUUUGUAUUAGAAAUACUACAAUAAUGACCCAAAGUUCGGUUUUCAUAUUAUUAUUAUUAUUAUUAUUAUUAUUAUUAUUAUUAUUAUUAUUAAAAGCAAUGAUAUCUUUAUACGAUUAUUUUCUUUUUUUUUUUCUUGAUAAUUUAGAUAAAUCAUAACACACAACGGCAACACGGACACGCAUAUAUGUGUUACAAUCCAAUUUAAAAAAAAAAAAAACUAAUUUGAUUUUGAACCUGCAUAAAAUUGCGACGCAAUUUUGUCCACCAAAGACAAAAUUGUCGAAACAAUUUUUGCGUUGAGAAAACAAUUUGCAAAACUCCCGUGCUCUCGCAUGUAUUUAGUUACGGGACGGGAUUGAUGUAUCAGACAUUCGACGUCUAAAUGGCUUAACUAGAAGUGGAGACAUUGAUUAAAAUACUUUUUCGAAGAUCGGAAUCAUACCUCAAUUGACGUAUGACUGACACAGAAUUACACACAAAAAAAAAAAAAGUUAACUUGCGUCACUCGCAAGAUGACUAAAACUGAACGACUGAAGUACGCGACUACGUAGCCAACACGGACAGCAUUACGCAACGCGGUACUCAUCUCCUUAAUAUACUAGAUAGAAACAUGACCAAUUAAACUUUUUUACUGUAAAUACGUAUCUCGUAAUUUUAAGGCUAUUCUAUACAGAGUGCCCUUAAGAAGCGAAGCAAUAGUCGUAUAUGGCUAUCGAAACAACAAGUUGUAGUCGGAAAACAUUGAUUGAGAUGUGUUAGUUUUGUAAACCCGUAAAAAGAAAAAACAACACAUUUAUUUUGCAUCUCGAGAUACGUAAGAAAAUUUACGCUUCGAUUCUUUUGCGUUAUGAUAUAAUCGUGACAGAUUGCGACUAGUUAUUAUAUUCAUGUUUUUGUUAAUCUAGCAUCGUAACAAGUUCAAUUUCCUAGUUGUUCUUAAUUAUAAACAUUUGCAGAUCUAUUAAAUAAAUGAUUUUUAUCUAUAGUUCUAUAAACUGAAUUUUUAUAAGAUUUGCAGAUAUAUUUUUUUUUAACUCCCUUUACACACAGAAGUGACGGAAAAAAAAGAAAACAAAAACGAAAUGAUAUUGAGAUUGUACAGCAUGUUAUCAUAGACAUUUUGGACAUUCUGUAUAAAAAGUCUGUGAAUGUAUAUAUAAAAAUGUAUUUAUUAUUUAAGUUGAUGAUAUCAUAUUGUUUACGCAAACUAUAUAUAUAUAUACAUAUAUAUAUAUAUAUAUACACUAUUUACUUUUAGUUACCGAUUUGAAUGAUUACGACGGAGAACGACUGUACCAUGACUCAUUAGUUGAGACCUUUUGCCAAUAUGUUACUUAACAAGACACACACUGUAAGUUCUUAUUGCCAAUUUAUAAAGUGCUUAUCAAAUAAUGUACAACAUACUGAGACAUCCUUCGGAUCAAAAUUUGCUUUCUCUCCCCGUUAUAAAUUAAUAUAUAAAUUAAUUAUUUAAAGAGACGAUUUUGGUCUGACUCAAUACUUCAAUCAAAACAGUUUAUUUUUACACUAACUAAUGAUGAUGAUAAAAGAUUCUAUUUUUAUUUAAAAAAAUUAAUUACGUGUAUAAUUGAGUUUUUACAAUUUGGUUUUUGUAUUGAGAGAUGAAUAUUUUAUGUGAUAAAUUCGAUAUUUGCAAACUUUUAAUAUGUGAGUAAUGAAAAUUGCCUGUAAAAAGAAUCCAACACAAUCUUGUAUAUAAAUCGUCCGCACUUUAUAAAGUAUGAUGUAAAGUGUAUAUAAAAUGAGUUUUCUAUAGAUAUAUAUACUUUAAUAUAUGUAUUUAUAGAUCAUUUAAUAAAUAUCCAAUUCACUCUGUCGAAUAAGAAGAUAUAAAAAAAAACCUAAAUUUUAAUAGACAUUCUAAUAGACAUUUUAACAGACAAAAUGUUUUAUUAAUGAGAAUUGCAAGUGAGAGAGAUCUUGUAAAUUGGCAAUAAGUAGAACGCAAUACUCGACAUUUAUACUUACUUAAAUCACCACACGGACCGCUAACUCUGACGUAUUAUUAAAGUAAAAAAAAAGAAAAACAAAAAAACUCGAAUAUCAUAUACAUACAUAAAUUAAUUCUUAUGUAUUUUAUUUUGAAGUUGAAAAACAAGAAAAUACCACUUGAAGAUAUGCGUGAAAUCGCUAGAUACAUCAGUGUAUCAUUAUAUUUUUCGAACAUAGAAAUAUGAGAAAUUGCGAUUAAGGUUCACUAAAAAAAAAAAA